CCGGAAGCUCAGCUCAACCUCACCUCUCAACUCAAUCUUCACCCUCUCUCUCUCUCUUCUCUCCCCUCAAUCACCACCAUCACUCGCGAUGCCUCUAGUCCUCGACUUUCUCACCCAGAUCCGCAAUUUCAUCCGCACUCAGAAUGGCGACGAGCUUCGCGCCUGGCUCCAGGUAGAGCCUAAUUCUCCUCAGCAAUAUCACAACCUCGCAUCUGAGCUACGCUCCCAAUUCCGCCAACAGGGUCUUGACAACAUCGUUGAAAGGACACUACCUCAGGAGGAUGACGUCCUGGAAGGUCAAGCUACCGUGUGGCCUGGCUUUGUGGCCUUUAUGAAGGACUACAUGGCCUUUUGGCGCGACGUCAAUUAUGAUGAUUUGCUGGGCGCGCAUCAAUUGCUUAGUGGGCUUGUCAACUCUUGCGCAACUGCUUUUGCUCACCCAACCUACGGCGCCAUGCUACUCAAGACGAGCAUGUCCCUCUCAGAGACCCUGGCUCGUCUCACAAUGUCUUUGAACAAACGCCCUGACCUGGCGCGUCGUCUACGUGCCGUAGAUGAGGAUAAGAGCAUCGCCGAAUCUUCAGCAGAAAUCAUCCAAAAGAUCUUCACAACAUGUCUCACAGAUCGAUCUAGCGGUCGUUAUGCGAAACCAGAGGGCAAAAAGGUUGGAGUCUACAUGUUUGCCAACCUCGUUCUCAAGCUUCUCUUUGCAUGCCGAAGAACACAUCUCGCCAAAAUGAUCUUUGUCAAUAUUUCCACCAUCUCUCCGCCACUAUCUCUCUACCCAGCUGCUCAGCGCGUCACAUUUCUCUACUACCUAGGCCGCUUCAACUUCUCAAACAACCACUAUCUCCGGGCUGCGCUGUGCCUUGAAGAAGCAUACCUUCAGACCCCUUCGCAGCUGGUCUCUCAUCGGACAAACAUCCUCACAUAUCUUAUUCCCUGCAAUAUCCUUCUUGGACGUUUUCCAUCACAAGUAUUGCUUCAACGCCCAGAAUGUCAGACUCUAGCGCCUGUUCUCUUCCCCAUUUGCCAGGCUAUCAGAUCUGGCAACUUCAUCCAAUUUCAACACCACCUUGCGCAACACGAAACAUGGCUCUUCGAGAAGGGCUUGCUUUUAACCCUCGGUAACCGACUACGACCUCUGCUCUGGCGCUCACUAAGCAGAAAGACUUUCCUCCUUACAUACGUCCCGCCAACCGAUGCAUCAUCCCGAAAAGCCGCCACACUUGACCUUGCAGACCUUCAUACGCUCGGGGUAUACCUUCAACACCGCCUUGAAGGUUGGCUCCCAGCAGGACCAAACUCACUUGGUCGUUCUCAAAGCGUCAACCCUCUCCUUAUGAAAGCCCUCGAGAACAAUGCUCAAAAUCUCGAAGCCACGUCCACACUAGCUCCGCCACCCGGAGGGCCCAAAUCUCUCCGGCCAAAUGAGGGUAUGAUCUGGGGUAACGCAGAGGUCACAUUCGAGGACGUGGAGAUGACGGUCGCAACGCUUGUUCAACAGGGUUUGAUGCAUGGGUUUAUCGCUCAUGGGCAAGGACGAUUUGCAAUCAUCGGUGCGAAGGCCAAGGGCAGCCCUGUGCUUGCUGGCUGGCCCAACGUCUGGCAAAUAAAUCGAGAAAGGAGAUAUGAAGACUACGAUCCUGAUGAGGUACCUGGAUGGGUCAAGGAGUAAAAAGAAAGGGGAGAUGGACAGUUGAGCUAGAUCACCUAGCUUGGAUACUUAGAUCAUAACUCAUCUUGAUGGCGUUUGUAUAAUAUCAUUUCCUGUAUGAUACCCAGGGGAUAAUAAGAUUAGAGUAUGGCUAUAAUAUGAGGAUGUACUUGUGGCAAUCAAAACGACCAGACACAUAUUUCUUUUCCAAUAGCUGCGUGCGACAACGUUCAUCACACCCAUUAAAUAUGUCUAAUCAAAAAAGUGUUUUUAUAAUAAUAAGCCGAGAUGGCCGAGCAUCAUCCCAUCGACUAAACCACACCAUCUCCUGCUUUUUUCAACAACCGUACAAGAAGUUUCCCCCCUAAACUCUCUGAUUCAUGUGUGCAUACGUCGUUAAUCGCGAGAAUAAACUUAAAACCAUCGCUUGUUUUCCCCAAACAUCCAAAAAAGUCUCCAAUGUGUGCAAAAAAGGGUAUAUCGACCGUGAAAUGAAGCGUUGAAACUUGUAUAUAAUGCCCACGGGCCCACAAGAGCCCAGACAAGGGACUCUUGAAGAAUAUUAUACCCGGGGCGGGUAUUAGCAACUAGGCUUUCCAACAGCCAGAAGACUGCUGAGUAGUCUAGUAAUAAGACAAUAGACACUAUCGCCGAUAGGUAGUUGGCUUUGAUAAUAUAUGUAAAGUACCAGUAAUAAAGGAAUGUCGUAGAAAAUAGUUUCUGUGAAUAGAAUGCCAGCUGCGUCAAGACAGUGGUAAAUGGUCGUCAAAGGAUAUAGAAAUUAGAAGAAACAAGCGGCGGCGAUGAAUGCGACGACAAGGCCAGCGACAGCAGUGUUGCCUUGGUGGCGACCUGCCUCGUUUUCCUUGGACUGAGUGGGAGCUGCUCCAGAGUCGACCUCAGUGGCGACAGCGGUCUCCUCGGACUCGGAGGUGUAGGUUGAGGUUCCGUUCUCACGGAAGAUACCAGGCUUGACAGUAGGGUAGACCUUCUUGGUGGACUUGUGCUUGGUGGUCUUGGAAGUAGCAGAAGUGAAGAUGGUUGAGGUAGGCUCCUCCGUGGUGGUAUCGGAGGAAGUCUCUUGCUCGGUGGUGCUGCUAGUCUCAGCAGAAGAGGUAGUCUCAACACUAGUAGUGGUGGUGGAGGUUGAGGAAGUGGUGGUAGGGAGUGCCGAAGUGGUGGGCUCAGCGGUAGUCGAAGGCUCCUUGGUGGUAGAGACAACAGGUUCCUCAGAAGUGGUGACCUUGGCCUCGGCUGUGGUAGAGGGCUCAGCCUCAGCGGUAGAAGACUCGGUCUCUUCAUCGUCAUCGUCAUCACCGCCGGAUGAACCUUCGCCAGAGGAGAAGGCAACGAUCUGAGCAGUGCUACCCUUCUGAACGGUAACGACACAGAAGGCAGCGCCACCAGCACCCUUAGCGGAAAGGCUGCUGCCAACAUUGCCCUCACCCUUAGCAGGGUCGAUCCUGCAAGGAAGACCAUUGCAACCGCCGUCGGGACACUGGAUCUCAACACCGAAGUCGGGCAGCUUGCUCUUCAGAGCCGAGUCCUCCCAGAUAGGGUUCCAACCAAUCUUGACAAAAGUCUGACCGUUGGACUCAGUGUUAGCACCGGCAACGUAGGGGCUCCAGUUACCAAUGGGCUCCGACUCGGUACCCCAGAUGCAGCCCUCCUCACCAGUGCCAGGGGGGUUGAUGUAGAAGCUAUAUGAUCGUUAGAGAUCUUCGAUGAUCAACAAGACUCAAGUGACUUAC